CACGGACAUAACACACAGGGAGGCAAACAAGACUUCUACCUUUGAAAAAGAAAGCUGAUCUAAUUCACCGCGGAGGCUGAAAAAAAAGGCGCAGGGUGUCAUUGAUGUUCGCCAUGGACUGUAGACUCUCGUGGCGGGAUAAAAGAAGAUGGGCCCCGCGUCCCCGUUACUGAGGAGAUGUCACUGGGUCGGCUCCUGCGGCGUGCCUCCUCUAAGGCGUCCGACCUCCUGACCUUUAACCCCGGCGCGGCGGGAGCAUCGCUGCGUGCAGGCCUGGACGGCGAGAUUAUUUUCUCCAAAAAUAACGUGUGCGUGCACCCCGCCGAGCCGCUGCCGGGCCUGGCGGAGCACCACCCAGGCUACCUGUGUGUGCACGUGGAGAAGGACGAGAGCUUGGGCAGCACUCUCAUUCUCACCUGGGUGCCCAACUCCCGAAUCCAUAGGCAGGAUGAAGAGGCACUACGCUACAUCACGCCCGAGAGCUCGCCUGUACGCCGGAACGGGCGCCGCAGAGGCAGACGACCCCACUCCCGCCCCCCGGCUGCACAGGUGGAAGAAGGGGACGAGGAGAGGAACGUCACUCUAACCUCCUCCGUCGAGAGCCAAGGUCCGGUGGUGGACCCCGUAGCAGACCUUCCCUCCGUGCAGCUCAAGCAGCAUCCCCCUUCCGGGGAGGAGGGCGACGAGGGCUCCUGCGAGCUGUCGGACGAAGUGAGCCGGGACAGCACCAUGGGGUCCGACUCGGAUACCUUCUCCUCGCCGUUCUGCUUGUCCCCCGUCAGCGAGGCGCUCUGUGAGAGCAGCAGCUCUGUCUUCUUGGACAAUGACAGCAGGGAGCUGUGCGACGAGGCCAUGCGUCACUCGGUGAGCUCCGCCUCCAGCCUGGAGAGCCACGCCCCCUCCGAGAGCAACGGCGGCCAGUCGCAAUACGUGCGCGGGUGGGAGGAGCAGCAGAAGGUGCUCGCUCUGGAGCAGCUGUGCGGCGUGUUCCGGGUGGACCUGGGCCACAUGAGGUCACUGCGUCUGUUCUUCAGUGACGAUGCGUGCACCAGUGGCCAGCUGGUCAUAGCCAGCAGAGAGAGCCAGUACAAGAUCCUCCACUUCCACCACGCUGGCCUGGACAAGCUGGCGGAGGUUUUCCAGCAAUGGAAGUGCUGCAGGGAGACUCAGCUCAAAGACCAGGUGUCGGACGAGAAGUCCUGCAUGCAGUUUUCCAUCCAGAGGGCCAUGCUGCCGUCGGCCGAGAGCCACCCGGAGGAGAAGCUCUACCGGAGGCUGGACGUCACCACCUGGCUGCGGCACCUCAACUCCAGUGGCCAGGUGGAGGAGGAGUAUAAGCUGCGCAAGGCCAUCUUCUUCGGUGGCAUCGACCCGUCCAUCCGCGGCGAGGUGUGGCCCUUCCUGUUGCACUACUACAGCUACGACUCCAGCUCCCAGGAGAGGGAGGCGUGGCGGCUGCAGAAGCGGACCCUCUACCAUGACAUCCAGCAGAAGAGGUUGUCCAUGAGCCCUGAAGAGCACAGCCACUUCUGGAGGAAGGUCCAGUUCACGGUGGACAAGGAUGUGGUGAGGACGGACCGCAGCAACCAGUUCUUCAGGGGGGAGAACAACCCCAACGUGGAGAUCAUGAGGCGGAUUCUGCUCAACUACGCCGUGUCCAACCCCGACUUGGGUUACUGCCAAGGCAUGUCGGACCUGGUGGCCCCGCUCCUCACCGAGAUCCAGGAUGAAAGCGACACUUUCUGGUGCUUUGUGGGCCUCAUGGAGAACACCAUCUUCAUCAGCUCGCCGCGCGAUGAGGACAUGGAGAGGCAGUUGAUGUACCUGCGGGAGCUGCUGCGCCUCAUGCUGCCUCACUUCCACCAGCACCUGACCACGCUGGGCGAGGACGGCCUCCAGUUGCUCUUCUGCCACCGCUGGAUCCUUCUCUGCUUCAAGAGGGAAUUCCCAGACAUGGAGGCCCUGCGCAUGUGGGAGGCCUGCUGGGCUCACUACCAGACAGAUUACUUCCACCUCUUCCUGUGCAUCGCCAUCAUUGUUCUGUACGGCGAGGAUGUGACGGAUCAGCAGCUGGCGACCGACCAAAUGCUGCUGCACUUCAGCAACCUGUCUAUGCACAUGAACGGAGAGCUGGUGCUGCGCAAGGCGCGCAGCCUCCUCUACCAGUUCCGCCUUCUACCCAGAAUCCCCUGCAGCCUGCACGACCUGUGUAAACUGUGCGGGCCGGGGAUGUGGGACAGUCGCUACAUCCCCGCCGUGGAAUGUUCCGGACAGCACCCGGACUCUCAGAGCUGCCCUUACGGGGGCACGUCCACGCCGCGGCCCUCCUCGCCUUCCCCGUCAUGCAUGCCCUCGCCAAACCACGCCCCCAAACCUCCCCGAGGCUCUAAGAGUCAGGAUAUUUUCACCUUCAGGAAACAGUCCUGAGAGAGAGUUCACGGGGAGGUCUGCAUUGCUGGAAUAUUUGCGGCCACACUUGUAGCGUACGGCCUCAAUAAGGACAUCAGACCCAACUUGUACCACACUUGUAGCGUACGGCCUCAAUAAGGACAUCUGUCACAUCAGACCCAAGGUCAACCAGCCUCCUUUCCUUUUCAAGUCCAGCGGACAAUUGGCAGCCUUUAUGCCGGCCCUAGGCGACCCCAGGCUCUGCUUGGCACUCUUCCACCGACUUUGUGGGGCGGUGCAUCAGGGUCUGAAUACUGAAUUCUUGCAGUCUGACCAGAGAAGAGGUCAAACUGUGAAUGAAUCCACUGCAGUCCUCAUCAUUUAUCUUCACUGAGAGAUAUUUUUAUCCAACUUCCAGGUCGACGGACGGCUUUUGUUUCACAUCCAUUGUUUUUUUCUCGCCGAUAUUUAGCAAUAUUAUAAGCCUGCAUGUAGAGAACACAGCCUUACGAAUCUUGGACGGCAAACACGGAGGAAGGACAAAUCACCAUCCAUCAAGUUACCUAGUCACAUGAUGCUGUUAACCCAUGUUCCACCACACUUUGGAGCUAUAAACAUGGCAAAGACCACCCAAUUGUACAUGAACCAAAGAAGAAAAAAAUCAGUUCAAUCCAUCCAUCCACAAGAAUAAAGACCAAACACAUUCUAUACAGAAUAACUAGAACAACUAAGUAAAUCAUCCCUUGUUGAUUGCCUUUAAUUAGUUAGGAAUUAUUUACUUAUUAUUUUCAUAGCUGCACCAUAAAAAAAUGUUGUAUAGUUAGGAAUUAUUUACUUAUUAUUUUCAUAGCUACACCAUAAAAAAUGUUUACAACCAUCUAAAUAAGUUAUUAUGAGAGCCCUCUAGACAUGGAAUAACAUCCACACAGUCAUCUAUAGCAGGCCUGGGCAAUUAUUUUGACUCAGGGGCCACAUUUAGAGG